CGCAUGCACUCGCUGCUGCCGAAAGAAAACAUGGCGCUCGAGGAACCGAAUGGAGAUUUUCCAUAUUUACCUUCAGGGGCGGUGGAGGUAAACAGGAUGAUAAAGGAGAAUGGUGACCUGUUUUCUGAUGCCCUGUGUAAAGUCUGCAGUGCUGUCCUGAAUUCUGACUCACAGAAACUUGCACAUUAUCAGAGCAAAAAGCAUGCCAACAAAGUCAGGCGCUACAUGAGCAUCCACAAAGAAGAGGAGCCCACCAUCAAAAGGUUCAAGUUGCCUUCGGGAGACAGCGCCAACAGUAAUGAAGAGACGGACCGCUCCAAAGCCUGUCUUAUAUGUAAUAUGACAUUUUCCUCUCCGGUGGUGGCUGAGUCCCACUACCAGGGCAAGGUGCAUACCAAGAACCUGAGACUGAAGACUUUUGGCCACCAGCCCCCAGUAGCACUACCUCAGGCCUUGGCCCCAGUAGUGAAGAAGAAGAAGACUCAGUUAGAGGAGGCGAGCAGCGUGGCAUCGUCAGGCCCGGCCGAGGACGACCAAGACCACUUCUGUUCCAUCUGCAACGCCUCAUUCAACAACCCCCUCAUGGCCAAGCAGCACUACGAAGGCAAGAAGCAUAAAAAACAGCUGACCCAGCAGAAGCUUAUGGAGACCUAUGGGCCAUCCACAGCACCAGCUUCUACAGUAAAGGGCUAUCCAUGCACUGUGUGCAACAUUGAACUCAACUCUGUGGAACAGUAUCAAGCUCACAUCAGCGGCUCCAAACAUAAGAACCAUGUCAGAGGGAAGAAAGGGAGCAACCCAACAUUUGUCAGCCCCUCUGAAAACCAGUACACAGCAGAAAACCAGCAGUCUGAGUACCGUUAUAUGCCUGAAGCCGAACCUGUCCAGGAGGACUGGGGCGCUUUCAACCAGGACUACGAGUGAAGAGACUCCCAGUACCCCCACCUCUCUCAACUACCACAGUUCACCAGCUACUGGUGUCCCUCAGUUAGGGCCAGGAGGAUUUCCUGACCACAUCACCUGACCAGGAAAAACUCUUUGUUAUAGGCUACAACUAGGCCCCAGAGUUUUCCCUGUUCAUGUCACAUGGUCAUGUAAAAUCCCUGGAAAGAGAGUGUGUCCUCCCUUCUUCUCUCUGUGGUGUCGUAUCUGCCUCAUAGGUGAAUCCUAUCUAUCUACUCCAGUUCUACUUCAUUCUAUCUGUACUCAGAGACGGUCAGUCUCCCAGUACAUGUGUUGGUUGUGUUCUCAGUCGGUCAGACCAGAGAGGUAUAGAGACACUUGGACAUGUUGUCUAUCAUUCCUGUUCAAAAUUUCAAAUUUCAAAUUCCGACAUAAUACAGUACAAUGAUAUGACGGUGUGAUGGACUUGCAGUAGUGUUCUGGUUCUAUUUUUAUAGAACCCCCCUCCCCCCUUCUAGAGUUUUGUCCAACACCUACAGUGUGGUAAAAGUAUUUAGUCAGCCACCAAUUGUGCAAGUUCUCCCAUGUAAAAAGAUGAGAGGCCUGUAAUUUAUCAUAGGUACACCUCAACUAUGACAGACAAAAUUAGAAAAAAAAUCCAGAAAAUCACAUUGUAGGAUUUUUAAUGAAUUUAUUUGCAAAUUAUGGUGGAAAAUAAACUUUUGUUAUUGACCAAAUACUUAUCUCAAUACUUUGUUAUAUACCCUUUGUUGGCAAUGACAGAGGUCAAACGUUUUCUGUAAGUCUUCACAAGGUUUUCACACACUGUUGCUGGUAUUUUGGCCCAUUCCUCCAUGCAGAUCUCCUCUAGAGCAGUGAUGUUUUGGGGCUGUUGCUGGGCAACACAGACUUUCAACUCCCUCCAAAGAUUUUCUAUGUGGUUGAGAUCUGGAGACUGGCUAGGCCACUCCAGGACCUUGAAAUGCUUCUUAUGAUGCCACUCCUUCAUUGUCCAGGCGGUGUGUUUGGGAUCAUUGUCAUGCUGAAAGACCCAGCCAUGUUUCAUCUUCAAUGCCCUUGCCGAUGGAAGGAGGUUUUCACUCAAAAUCUCAUGAUACAUGGCCCCAUUCAUUCUUUCCUUCAGGACGACACGGAUCAGUCGUCCUGGUCCCUUUGCAGAAAAACAGCCCCAAAGCAUGAUGUUUCCACCCCCAUGCUUCACAGAAGGUAUGGUGUUCUUUGGAUGCAACUCAGCAUUCUUUGUCCUCCAAACAUGACGAGUUGGGUUUUUACCAAAAAGUUAUAUUUUGGUUUCAUCUGACCAUAUGACAUUCUCCCAAUCUUCUUUUGGAUCAUCCAAAUGCUCUCUAGCAAACUUCAGACGGGCCUGGACAUGUACUGGCUUAAGCAGGGGGACACGUCUGGCACUGCAGAAUUUGAGUCCCUGGCGGUGUAGUGUGUUACUGAUGGUAGGCUUUGUUAUUUUGGUCCCAGCUCUCUGCAGGUCAUUCACUAGGUCCCCCCGUGUGGUUCUGGGAUUUUUGCUCACCGUUCUUGUGAUCAAUUUGACCUCACGGGGUGAGAUCUUGCGUGGAGCCCCAGAUCGAGGGAGAUUAUCAGUGGUCUUGUAUGUCUUCCAUUUCAUAAUAAUUGCUCCCACAGUUGAUUUAUUCAAACCAAGCUGCUUACCUAUUGUAGAUUCAGUCUUCCCAGCCUGGUGCAGGUCUACAAUUUUGUUUCUGGUGUCCUUUGACAGCUCUUUGGUCUUGGCCAUAGUGGAGUUUGGAGUGUGACUGUUUGAGGUUGUGGACAGGUGUUUUUUAUACUGAUAACGAGUGGAGGACAGAGGAGCCUCUUAAAGAAGUUGUUACAGGUCUGUGAGAGCCAGAAAUCUUGCUUGUUUGUAGGUGACCAAAUACUUAUUUUCCACCAUAAUUUGCAAAUUAAUUCCUUAAAAAUCCUACAGUGUGAUUUUCUGGAUUUGUUUUUCUUCUAAUUUUGUCUGUCAUAGUUGAAGUGUACCUAUGAUAAAUUACAGGCCUCAUCUUUUUAAGUGGGAGAACUUGCACAAUUGGUGGCUGACUAAAUACUUUUAUGCCCCACUGUAAAUCUUUUGAUCCAUCUCUUUACAUAAUGUUUCUCUGUGACUGGCUGAGAGGAAAAACUCUCAAUAACAUAUCCUGUACGGAAAGUUAUUUUUCUUGAACUUUUACUCAUUCUAGUUUUUUCAGCUUGCGGAUAGCAACAUGGAGAGUAACUUGGACUUUCUAAAAAAAUAAAAAAUAAUAAUAAUUAUAUACAUGUAAUUUUCUGCACCCUCCAACUUCAGUGUUUGUGAGAACCUUCUAGUUUGAUGUCUAUUGUAAUUAAGACUGCCAGAUGAUAAGUACGUCCUAUAAUCGUUUUAUUAUAUGUACAUGCGUUCGUAUCAAUUUAAAACGGGGCUGUCACAAACUAACCAUACGUUGCAGCAGAUAAGCAAUGUUAUACUCUAACCUUACUCUGUAUUAGGAAUGCGCUGUCAGUACCAGGGCUUAAAAAGCAAUGUCAUUUUGUUUUUAUUCCAUUUUAUUUCUGUUUUUAGUCACAUGAAAAAUGAUAUGAAGCAACUUACAAUGUGAAAUAUGCCUUUACUAGACAUCUGCUGUGGUAUGUCAUAGUUGUAGAAAUCAUAAUGUUUUACUCCAUAGUUGUCCAUCUGUGCUGGUAGGGUCAUGAAAGAUUGUCUGAAUAUUGGUCAACAUUCUGUCUGAGGGAGUGGUUUUUGGAAUGGGAUUUGACUGUGAAUGUAAAGACAAUCUGAGAGUGUUUCAGUGGUGAUGGUGAGACUAUAAAAAGCUAUUUUAAAAGCUCAAUGUUUGGUGUAGUAAGUGCUAAAACUUUUUUUAUGUUUUUGCUCCAUUUAUUGAAUGGACAAAAAAAUAUCUACUUGGAUAUCGGUUGUAUUAGUGAGGGAUUGGAUGUGCAGAAUCGUCGUCGCAGUCCCAGGUGCGUUACUGACCGACAGUGAAGGACCCUAGAGUUGUACCUUUAUUGUUUCAAGUGAAAUACUAUGUUGAUCUUUAAAAGCAUAAAUAGAUUUUUGAUUGAUCCCAUUCCCAUUAUGUCAUUUUGUGACGAGUUGUGGAAGUUUGUCAUUUCCUAAGAUUGUUUUUUUUUUCAUCAGACAUGACAAGUUGAAUAUCUAUUACUGAAUGUGUCGCCCUGCCUUUUGGCUGAAGAAACGUUGCAUUCAUUUUGGAUGUAAUUCAUUGGAAGAGGGCUUCUAAAUACAUUGUAAAACAAGCAAAAAUAUGGCCUUUUAUUUCAGAUCUCAUUCUUAUUGUGUUGUAAAUUAUCAGAUUUAUUUUCAAUACAAACUAUGUAUGCCUAAAGAAGUGUUAGGGAAAUGUGUAUGUAGUAAAACAAUGUUUUAACUAAA